AUGGUACUCUGUACGUACAUAUCUUCUCGGCUUCGUCCCUUGGAGAAUCUCAAGAAUGACGCCGCCGACCAUCAGAUCCAACGCGACCUAAUCACCGCAAAUCACAUUUUGCACUACCACUCCGUUCUCGACGCAUACGGGCACAUCUCAGCACGUCAUCCCAUCGACGCAUCAACAUACUUGAUGUCUGCAAACAUGGCGCCCGCACUCGUCAGCAACGCAAGUGACCUUGUCCAAUACCGAGUGAACGACAGUCUGGCCGUGUCGCCUGACGCUCCCAAGGGGUACAUCGAACGCUAUAUCCACGGUGAAAUGUACAAGCUAUACCCGGACGUCGGAUGCGUAAUCCACAGCCACAGCGAAGACGUGCUUCCCUAUGCGAUUGCCGGCGUUCCCCUACGCGCCGUGUACCAUAUGGCGGGAUUCCUCGGUCCUGGCGCCGUGCCGGUCUAUGACAUUGAGGAUUUCUACAAUGCGACCGAACCACAUGACUUAUUGGUCCGGACGCCUCUGCUUGGUGAAGAACUGGCGAUGACAUUUCUGACGCCAGCGAAUCUUUCAGCUACGCCACCCACCACAAGUCCAGAUUACAACGUCGUGCUUAUGCGGCGACACGGCUUUACCACGUACGGAGUGGAUAUCAAGGAAGCCGUGUUCCGCGCCAUGUUCACGCAGUCGAAUGCUCAAGCUCAAACCACGGCAGCGACGCUGAGGAGUGCGUAUGGUGGACUAACCGAUGUGGAAGCGAACGAAUGGAGCUCUGGGUCGUCUCGUAAUGGGACCGGGACAUUUGAGCCAUUGACAGCGCAGCAGGCGAUGGACUGCGAAGUCUCGAUUGGUGCAACGUCCGACCGACCUUGGGGACUAUGGGUGCGCGAAGUCGAGGUUCAACCUCUAUAUGUAAACAAUGGUUGA